AUGGAGUGGAGAACAUCCACAGUCUGUAUACUGCUUCUGGCGCUUACCGGGAUUCAAGUUGAUUCAAAGACGGUCUAUCCCAGUAACCAUAUCAACAGCAUCUGUAGCAUGUGGGGAAACUUCCACUUCAAGACAUUUGAUGGAGACGUGUAUCAGUUCCCAGGCACAUGCGAGUAUAACCUGGUGUCUGACUGCCAAAGCCUCAUUCGCCAGUUCUCGGUUCACGUGAAGAGAACAGAACACAGCACUGGCCCAAACAUCAGCAGGGUGUCGAUUACCAUCAAUGACAUUGGUGUUGAGUUGACAGAGAAACAGGUCACAGUCAAUGGAAAAAAAGUAACGCUGCCUGUGCACGUCGCAGGGAUUCUUGUGGAAGAGAACACAAUUUACACCAGACUCUAUUCCAAAAUGGGUAUCACUGUCAAGUGGAAUAAAGAGGAUGCUGUUAUGGUGGAACUCGACUCCAAAUAUUCCAAUCGCACUUGUGGGCUGUGUGGCGAUUUCAAUGGCGUCCCAGUUUAUAGUGAGUUCAUUGAAUCCGGACGGAAGGUUGGCUAUGCUGAGUUUGGUAAUAUGCACAGAGUUCCCAACCCAACACAUGCCUGCAAAGAUCCUUUUGAAACCGACGAUGAACAAAAUGUGGAGAACAAAUGUGAAAAAUUUCAGGCAGAUUGUGCAGACCUUUUGAAGGAUGAAAAAUGGUCUUCUUGUAGCUGGGUUUUGAACAGUGAGCCGUAUAUCAAGGCCUGUACAAAUGAUAUUUGCUUACGUCAACCUGAAGAUGAAGACACCGACACCUCUGUGCUCUGUGCGACGUUGUCUGAAUAUUCACGUCAGUGCUCUCACGCUGGAGGAACUCCGCCGUCCUGGAGAACGGCAAACUUCUGUGCUGUGACAUGCCCGUACAAUAUGGUACAUUCUGAAAGCGGCUCCCCCUGUAUGGACACAUGCUCACACAAAGACACAAACACACUGUGUGAGGAACACAACAUAGAUGGCUGCUUCUGUCCGCCAGGAACUGUGUUUGAUGACAUCUCAAACACGGGCUGCAUCCCAGCAGAAAAGUGUCAGUGCAAGCAUGACCGCAUCUACAGCACAGGAGAGAUCCUACGCAAAGAUGAGGAAGAAUGUAUAUGUGCGGAGGGAAACUGGAUCUGUACGAGUAUUCCCGGCCCUGGCCUGUGCACUGUAGAGGAAGGAUCACAUUUCACCACCUUUGACGGGAAAGAAUUCACUUUCCAUGGAGACUGUAACUAUGUGCUCUCAAAAGACUGUAAGGAGUCCAGGUUCAUCAUAUUGGGUCAGAUUGUUCCUUGUUUUACUCAUCAAACUGAUACCUGUUUAAAGUCUGUUGUGGUGCUUUUUAACAACGACAUGAAAAAUGCUCUGAUUAUUAAAGCUGACGGGACAGUACAGCACAAUGCAGACGUUACACUUCCUUACAUGACAGCUGACUUCAUGGUGUUCAUGCCGUCAUCGUUUCACAUCAUGCUUCAGACCAGCUUUGGGCUGCAGGUGCAGAUACAGCUGGUGCCUCUUAUGCAGGUGUACAUCACUGUGGACCAAAGCUUCCAGGGCAAGACUUGUGGUAUCUGUGGAAAUUUUAACAAAGUGCUGUCAGAUGAUCUGAAGACCCCUCAGGGAGUGGUGGAGGGUACACCGGUUUCCUUCGUAAACGCCUGGAAGGCCCAGUCCAACUGCCCCGACCGUACUGAGAGAAUGGACGACCCCUGUUCCUACAGUAGUGACAGCGAACACUUUGCCGAGCACUGGUGUUCCAAGAUGAAGGACAAGAAGAGCCUCUUUGCCAAAUGUCACGCCACUGUCAAUCCAGACAGCUACUACAAAAGAUGCAAAUACUCCAGCUGUACCUGUGAGAAGAGUGAGGACUGUCUGUGUACGGUGUUCUCCUCAUACUCCCGGGCCUGUGCGGCUAAAGGAAUAUUCCUUCAAGGCUGGCGAGAAAUCGUGUGCGAGAAGUAUACAGAGAAUUGCCCGGCCUCGCAGAACUACUCAUAUCAGCUGCAGAGCUGUCAGCGUACCUGUUUGUCUCUUGCCUCUGAGCGCCAAAGCUGCAGUGUCGACUUCGUGCCUGUUGAUGGAUGUGCAUGUCCAGAAGGACUCUACCAAGAUGAGAAAGGACUGUGUUUCUCACUGGACUGUCAGUCUGGCUGCCAGUGUCCUUCAGGUCUAUUGGAUGAUGCCAGAGGACACUGUGUUAAACCGGAUAACUGCCCGUGUAAACAUGAUGGACAGUUUUAUGCACCAGGAUCUAAGAUAACCAUAGAUUGCAAUAAAUGGGGAGACUGCAGUUAUAUUGCUGCUCAGAACAAGUGUGGAAAUAAAACUGGCACAUUUCAUGUGAUCACUGAGAAUAUGCCUUGUGGAACAACAGGAACCACAUGUUCAAAGGCUGUCAAGAUACUUUUGGGGAGGACUUUACUGCUGCUUUCUGAUGGGACUGUAACAGUCACUGACACUGGAAGUGGUCCAGAGAUCAAGUACACUGAGAGAAACGUUGGGAUGUACCUUGUCAUUGAUGCUAACAUCGGACUGACAGUUUUGUGGGACCACAAAACCACCGUCCGCAUCAUUCUGCAACCUCAGCACAUGGAAGACGUUUGUGGCCUGUGUGGAAAUUUCAAUGGAAAUGCAAAAGAUGACUUUACCACUCGGGGAAAUUUGCCAACUCCAAAUAUAAUGGAGUUUGUGGACAGCUGGAAAGUGUCAAGUAAUUGCCCGGAUGCAAAACCAGACUUUAAUCCAUGCUUUGAGACCCCCAAUCGAGAGACAUGGGCAAAAAUACAAUGUAGUAUCAUCAAGGAUAUCAAGGGUCCAUUCAAAGACUGCCAUAACAAGGUGGAUCAAAACCCAUUUUAUGAGAACUGUGUGAAGGACUCGUGUGCAUGUGACACAGGUGGAGAUUGUGAGUGCCUCUGUACAGCUGUUGCAGCUUAUGCUCAAGCCUGCAAUGAGGCAGGUGUUUGUGUGAACUGGAGAACACCUGAGAUCUGUCGAUGUUAUCCAAAAUGUCCUGAGGAUAAGCCAAUUUUUGAUGAGAAAAAUCAGAUCUGUGUGGAGGAAUGUCCAGUGAUAACAACAUCAACAUCUUCCCCUAUAACAACAACUUCCACAAAGCCUACUACAACUGAAUCAACCACAUCAUCUACCCCUAUACCGACAACUACCACAAAGUCUACUACAACAACACCAGAACCUAGCACAUCAUCUCCCCCUACACCAACAACGACCACAAAGUCUACUACAACAAAAUCAACAACAUCACCUACCCCUAUACCAACAACUACCACAAAGCCUACUACAACAACAGAAUCUACCACAUCAUCCACCCCCACACCGACAACUACCACGAAGCCUACUAUGAAGCCUACUACAACAACAGCAUCAACCACAUCAUCCACCCCUACACCGGCAACUACCACGAAGCCUACUACAACAACAGGACCUACCCCAUCAUCCGCCCCUACACCGACAACUUCCAUGAAGCCUACUACAACAACAGGAUCUACCUCAUCAUCUACCCCUACACCGACAACUACUACAUCUACUACUACAACACCAGAACCAACCACAUCAUCUACCCCUACCCCAACUCAGUCUGGAUCAACGACUGAAAUAAUAAUUCCUUCUACUGAAGAAACAAGAAAAACAACUCAUUCAACACAAGAACAAGUUUAUAAUACAACAAGAGUAACAACUACUUUGAAGCCUAUUACAUCAACAGAAUCUACCACAUCACCUUCCCCUACACCAACUACCACAAAGCCUACUACAACAACAGAAUCAACCACAUCCCCUACCCCUACACCAACUACCAUGAAGCCUACUAGUACAACAACAGCAACAACACCAAAAUCUACCUCAUCACCCACC